AUGCUUGGAGUCGUGCGUCCAAGGCUUCUUCUCAUCUUCAUUUUCAUCAUCAUCAUCCUCAUCUUUAUCUUCAUGCUUAUCCUCCUCGACCUCACAACUCAACUUCGCCCACACCAACUCAAACGCCAAAAACUUCCUCCUCACACACCCACUCUCCACGCUCCUUUCCCCCUCAUCGAUCUCCAAGUCAAACACCGGCUCCUGCUCACAGCCAGGCAACUCAUGGACUGUGAUCUUGCACUUCUCCUUCCCCUCCUUCUUCUUGGAAUGACCGCCCCUCAACGGACGAGGAUGCGGGUGCUGAAUACUCGCCGACACAGAGAAAUGGUCUACCAGAAGAGACGAGUACUCCAGCGGCACGGGGAGGCCGACGCACACGUUUGGUCGAAGCGGCACGGUGCUGCUGAUAUCGAGGUGCGGGCUGAAGUCGAGACUUUGGGAUCUGUCGUCGCUGGAGAAUGA